AUGUCUGGAUGGCAAGCGUACAUCACGUCAAUGACGGACUCGUCGCCUGCCAUCAAGAGAGCAGCCAUCAUCGGUACCGACGGAUCCGUUUGGGCUCGAACUCAGAACGCCAAUGCUUUCCGGGCAACUGAAGCGGAGUUGAAGAAGUUUGUCACAUUGUUUGACAAUCUUGACAAUGUCCCAUCAACUGGAGCUGACCUAGAGGAGAUUCACUACAUCGUUCCUCGCACCGAAGAGAACCUUAUCUUUGGCAAGAAAGAAAAGAUGGGAUUUUUUGCGGCAAAAACGAAAACUGCUAUCUUAAUUGCUAUGUACGAAGGAGAGAACCAAGUAUCGGCCGAGGUGCGAACAGCAGUUGAGAAGAUGGCCAAAUAUCUGGAGGACAGCGGUUACUAA